AUGAUUUACCGAGAACCGGUAGCCCCUAGCCCAUCUUGUAAGCAGAGGGCAGCGAGCGCUUUGCAUGUUGGGUACAUCCGAUUUAGGCCUGGGAGGGCUUCUACUUCGCCUGCCGGCACCCGGAAGCCCCGCAGCAUGACAUUGGAUCCCUUGCCGGCCCCGCUGAUGGUUCCUCUGCUGCCGCUGCCGUCCUUGCCGCUCGCUCCCCGCAGCAAACCCAAAGGAGCGCUUAGCAGAAGUUCGCCUUCCAUCUCAAAGAGCGUGUCCUUCUCAGAGACACGGUUAUUGAAGCAAAGGCGAAUUGAAAUGUUUGCUGCGGUUGCGAUCCAGUCAUGGUCACAGAGUCUGGAUCUGCGGCCUCUCAAGUGCGACGAGUUUCUGGACCAGUGUCUUCUCAGUGGCCUUCUGGAAGUCCGACGGCCGGCGUCGGGUCAGCUGGGUACCGAAGCGCCUGUUUUCGACCCAGCGGCAUUGGCGCUGGAGGACGAGGUGUUCGAGAAGGGCCUCUUUGACAUGUCGAUCAACAUAGGACGCCUGGGCCUGCUGGCGGCGGCCAUUGGCGCUGAAGCAGAGCCUGAAGAUGAUGUCAACGAGGAGGAGCUCCUCAUGAGCCUGUGGUACUUGAAGAAGCGUGAGAAAACGCAGUACGGUGCAUUAUCUUCGACAUUGUCGGCAUGGUAUCCUGAAACAGGCCUGGGCCACCUGGGUGCAAUCUCGUUGGCGAUGGCCAAGGUUGAGCAGCUGAGUAGGCCUUCCAAGAAGGCCAAGCGGGAAUGUACAGUUGUCACAGUCUCACUACGUGUGGAAGCGCCAAUGAAUGAGCUGCGACCUGCCAUGGAUUGGCUGGCGACUUGCCUGUCCUUACUGGGUGUCCUCAUAAAGCUUGGUUCGGAAAGAGCAUUGGCAGCCAGCAAGAGGAUCAAGGAUGUUGUCGGGCGCCUCCAGGCCAGCGAACUGGCGGAGGCUUUGACCGCCAACACAGUCUUCGAGGAAGAGCUUGCCGCGGAAAUCGGCCACGUCAACCAGUGCUUCUCACAAAACCAGCAUGAUCUGCUGAAUAGGACAGCGCAACUGGCCGAAGAGCUCCAUCAGCGGAAGGGGUGCAGCGAUGAGCGAGGCGGCACUGCCUUGUCCCGGGCGGAUGCGAUGAGGCAACUGGUGGACAUUCUCCAGGAGGUGGACCAGCUACGAAAAUAUGCCGUCUGGAAUGCGGUUGCAGUUGUGAAAAUCCUCAAGAAGCGCCGGAAGCAAACCAGCUUCGGAAUCGAGGACACGGCUGCAGAGAGAGCCGGUUGGCUGUCACGACAAGGCUUCUUCAGCGGCUCAGACUUUGCGGAACUCCACGCUUCGAUCGAGUCACUGGGGCACAUGCUUGUUCUCUCGGAGAUCCUACCAGAGGAUGCUGGACACGAGCAUGCAGCAUAUCGUUCACAGUCCAACCAGGAGCCUCAACAGUGUCCCAUCUGCCUCGACACCAUCUCCGAUAUGGUGGAGCUCUCUUGCCACCACAGGUUCUGUUGGAAGUGCUUUGUUCUCGGUCCGAUUGCCUUCCAGCCGGGAGAAUAUCGCAUAACACAGUGUCCCAUUUGCCGUCGGGAGACGCAAGUGGAGGAGUCAGACGAAGCGGCUGCGUGCCGGCAGCUGCCCAAUGUCAUUAAGGGAUAUCCUGGCACGGGUGCUGAG